AUGGCUUUGACACUUCAAAAGACAUCAAUCUUUGUGUCACUUUUAGUCCUUGGCAUGUGGGCAGCCCUAGCUAAUGGCCGCGCACUGCAUGAAGACGCUAAUUCCAUGUCCGAAAGACACGAGCAGUGGAUGGCUCGCUACGGCCGCACAUACAAGGAUGAUUCAGAGAAGGAAAAACGCUUUCAGAUAUUCAAGAGCAAUGUCGAGUACAUAGAGUCCGUUAACAAAGCUGGGAAUAAGCCUUACAAGUUGGGCAUCAAUGAAUUUGCAGACCAAACGAAUGAAGAAUUCCGGGCUUCUCGCAAUGGAUACAAAAGGUCCCCUAUUCCUAGGCCGAUCAACCCAUCAUUUAGAUAUGAAAGUGUCACUAAAGUUCCAUCCUCCGUGGAUUGGAGAAAGAAGGGAGCAGUCACCCCCGUCAAGGACCAGGGUCAAUGUGGAUGUUGCUGGGCCUUCUCUGCAGUGGCAGCCAUGGAAGGAAUCACACAGCUGACUACGGGAAAGCUGAUCUCCCUCUCCGAGCAAGAGCUAGUCGACUGCGACACAAGCGGCACCGACCAAGGCUGCGAGGGCGGUCUCAUGGACGACGCCUUCGAUUUCAUCCUCGGAAACGAAGGCCUCACAACGGAAUCAAAGUACCCUUACAAGGGCGUCGACGAAACCUGCAACAAAAAGAAAGCAUCCUCCCAUGCAGCCUCAAUCACCGGCCACGAAGACGUGCCCGCCAACAGCGAGAAGGCGCUGCAAAAGGCAGUCGCCAACCAGCCCGUCUCCGUCGCCAUUGAUGCCGGCGGGUCGGACUUCCAGUUAUACUCGAGCGGAGUCUUCACCGGAGAAUGCGGGACGGAACUUGACCAUGGUGUCACUGCCGUUGGUUACGGGAAAACCGAGGACGGUACGAAGUAUUGGUUGGUGAAGAACUCGUGGGGUUCGAGUUGGGGUGAGGAGGGAUAUAUUAGAAUGGAGAGAGAUGUUGAUGCUGAGGAAGGUCUCUGUGGGAUUGCCAUGGAAGCUUCUUAUCCUUCUGCUUGA